UGACCUUUGGGAACCUGUGAGUGUCUUACUAGAUAAUGGUCUCUGUGCCCGAGUUUGGGAACAGUCUUAGACUACAGGUUUCUCUUCAGGACUCCCGAGGUCCUUCGUGUGGCAGCGAGCGCUGGACUCUCCCAGAGGGCAGCUUGUGCUCCAUGCGCGUUUCGGACUAUGGAGCUCUCUUUGAAGGAAGUCUCCUGAGGGGCGAGGGCUCACAGCUCACAGGCUCCAGGCCCGUCGCUGCCUCUGAGAUGACCCUGCUCCCCAGGAUGCCCUCGGCGCUGCUCCUGCUGCUGCCCAUCUUCAGCUCUGCCAGAGCCCAGGUCAACCCAGCUGUGUGCCGCUAUCCCCUGGGCAUGUCGGGAGGCCACAUUCCAGACGAGGACAUCACGGCCUCCAGCCAGUGGUCAGAGUCCACAGCGGCCAGAUACGGAAGGCUGGACUCAGAAGAAGGGGAUGGAGCCUGGUGUCCCGAGAUUCCGGUGGAGCCCGACGACCUGAAGGAGUUUCUGCAGAUUGACUUGCACACCCUGCACUUCAUCACUUUGGUGGGGACCCAGGGCCGCCACGCCGGGGGCCACGGCAUUGAGUUUGCCCCCAUGUACAAGAUCAACUACAGUCGGGACGGAACUCGCUGGAUCUCCUGGCGGAACCGGCACGGGAAACAGGUGCUGGAUGGAAGCAGUAACCCCUAUGACAUUUUCCUGAAGGAUUUGGAACCACCCAUCGUGGCCAGAUUCGUCCGCUUCAUCCCUGUCACCGACCACUCCAUGAACGUGUGCAUGAGGGUGGAGCUCUACGGCUGUGUCUGGCUAGACGGCUUGGUGUCAUACAGUGCUCCGGCCGGCCAGCAGUUUGUGCUUCCCGGAGGCUCCGUCAUUUACCUGAACGAUUCUGUCUACGAUGGAGCCGUUGGGUACAGCAUGACUGAAGGGCUGGGCCAGCUGACAGACGGGGUGUCUGGCCUAGACGACUUCACCCAGACCCACGAAUACCACGUGUGGCCCGGCUACGACUACGUGGGCUGGAGGAACGAGAGUGCUGCCAACGGCUACAUCGAGAUCGUGUUUGAAUUUGACCGCAUCAGGAAUUUCACCACCAUGAAGGUGCACUGCAACAACAUGUUCGAGAAGGGCGUGAAGAUCUUCAAGGAGGUGCAGUGCUACUUCCGCUCGGAGGCCAGCGAGUGGGAGCCCAGCGCCCUGUCCUUCCCCCUGGUGCUGGACGACGCCAACCCCAGCGCGCGGUUCGUCACGGUGCCCCUGCAGCACCGCAUGGCCAGCGCCCUCAAGUGCCAGUACCACUUUGCUGACACCUGGAUGAUGUUCAGCGAGAUCACCUUCCAGUCAGACGCUGCGAUGUACAACACCUCCGGGGCCUUGCCGACCUCGCCUGUGGCACCCACCACCUACGAUCCAAUGCUGAAGGUAGACGACAGCAACACCCGGAUCCUGAUCGGCUGCCUGGUGGCCAUCAUCUUCAUCCUCCUGGCUGUCAUUGUCACCAUCCUCUGGAGGCAGUUCUGGCAGAAAAUGCUGGAGAAGGCUUCCCGGAGGAUGCUGGACGAUGAAAUGACCGUCAGCCUGUCCCUGCCCAGCGAGUCCAGCAUGUUCAACAACAACCACUCCCCAUCGCCCAGUGAGCAGGAGUCCAACUCCACCUACGACCGCAUCUUUCCUCUACGCCCUGACUACCAGGAGCCCUCAAGACUGAUCCGCAAACUCCCAGAGUUCCCUCCCGGGGAGGAGGAGCCAGGCUGCAGCGGCCUUGUGAAGCCAGUCCAGCCCAGUGGGCCAGAGGGUGUGCCCCACUACGCAGAGGCUGACAUUGUGAACCUCCAGGGGGUGACCGGAGGCAACACCUACUCUGUGCCUGCCCUCACUAUGGACCUGCUCUCAGGAAAGGACGUGGCCGUGGAAGAGUUCCCCAGGAGACUCCUAACUUUCCAGGAGAAGCUGGGAGAAGGCCAGUUUGGGGAGGUCCAUCUCUGUGAAGUGGAGGGAAUGGAAAAGUUGAAAGACAAAGGUUUUGCCCUCGAUGUCAAUGCCAGCCAGCCUGUCCUGGUGGCCGUGAAAAUGCUCCGGGCAGAUGCCAACAAGAAUGCCAGGACUGAUUUUCUUAAGGAGAUAAAGAUCAUGUCCCGGCUCAAGGACGCCAACAUCAUCCGUCUCUUAGCCGUGUGCAUCGCCGAGGACCCUCUGUGCAUGAUCACCGAAUACAUGGAGAACGGAGACCUCAACCAGUUCCUGUCCCGCCACGAGCCCCCCAGCUCCGCCCCCAGCGAGGCGCCCACUGUCAGUUAUGCCAACCUGAAGUUCAUGGCCACUCAGAUCGCCUCUGGCAUGAAGUACCUGUCCUCCCUUAAUUUUGUGCACCGAGACCUGGCCACGCGGAACUGCCUGGUGGGCAAGAACUACACCAUCAAGAUCGCCGACUUUGGGAUGAGCCGGAAUCUGUACAGCGGGGACUAUUACCGCAUCCAGGGCCGGGCCGUGCUGCCCAUCCGCUGGAUGUCCUGGGAGAGCAUCCUGCUGGGCAAGUUCACUACAGCCAGUGAUGUGUGGGCCUUUGGGGUGACCCUGUGGGAGAUGUUUACCUUUUGCCAGGAGCAGCCCUAUUCCCAGCUGUCUGAUGAACAGGUCAUCGAGAAUACCGGGGAGUUCUUCCGAGACCAAGGGAGGCAGGUUUACCUCCCCCAGCCCGCCAUCUGCCCUGACUCCGUGUACAAGCUGAUGCUGAGCUGCUGGAGGAGGGACACCAAGCAUAGGCCCUCUUUCCAGGAAAUCCACAUUCUGCUCCUCCAGCAGGCGGAUGAGUGAUGUGUCCACGCCUGUGACACUGCAAAGGCCCAGGUCCUCAUCACAGGAGCCACCACUCACCACGUCCAAGCCACCCCCUGGAUGCUGAGGGCACGCGAGACAGGCUCGUUUGCUUUUCUCCCUCUGUCUCUCAUCUCCCAUCACUCCACCCCACUCUCCAUCCCUGACCCAUAUAUACUUUUUUUUUUUACAUUAAAGAACUAGAAAAGAGAAAAAAAAAAGCCUAGGGCAGAUAAGAUCCAGUAAAGAAAUCUUCAUUGAUAUACCAAAGUGUUGGAUAACAAAGGCUAGAUAAUUUAUAAAGGUUAAAUAUGCUUGUGUUUAUAAAUGUGCAGAUUCUACAGUGUUUUUCCAUGUUGCCUUAAAAAAAUAGUUUCAGAAAAACCCCCCUAAACCUGAAGAAUAUUAAUGUCUUAGGAAACCUGAAAUUAGCCUUAGGGAAAAUGCUUGGCCAGCAUGGAGACUUGGAUGAAAUGGUUUCAGUAAUUAACCACAGAUGGUUAUGUUUCCUAAUUUGGACUCUGGACUUGUCCCACGCUCUGAGUUUCUCUCCCUGUCAAAGUAGCUGACACCUGCUUGACCCCUCCUUCCUGGAAUAGGUGUUUUGUUCAUUCGUAGGCAGGGGCCAGGGUUGAGGCCUACGUACCUAAGAAUACAGAUUGUGGAGGAGAGAAUGUCUGCUGCAUGGCAGUGUGAAGGGGAAUCGUCAUUUGCAAAAACAAAUGUACCUCAGGCGUGGAAGGAUUCUUCAGCAGGGAGAGGACACAGAAAAGAGGCCUGUGGGGGACACGUAGCAGGUGUGCUACUCAUUUCUGCAGAGGGGCCUCCUCUUUAUCUUGUUCAGACAUUUCCAAGUGUGUGUCUUCGUAAGGGCCUGAUUUCGAAUCUGUAAAAACUGGUGCUUCGAUA